AUGAGAGUUAAGCAGAGCGCUGAACUCGAAGAGGAAGUGAUUAGUUGUAUCUGCAGGCGUGGUAACCAUAAUAAUGCUAAUAAUCGUGAAUAUGAAACAGAGAAGAUGAAGAUUAUGGGUUCGCUGGAAGAAGAGGACUCCGAUGUAGGCAUCACCGAUGUGUGCAUUAUUCGCGAUCCCCUGACUGGCCGCUCACGUGGCUUCGGCUACUUAGAGUUGGCCACAGCUGGUCUGGCGAGUCGUCUUCUCUGUCUGGCAGGACAGCAAAGCACUGACACUUUCGAGGCAUCCGGGCAGGCUGGGUCACCGAUCCCUUCUUCCUGUGCGUGCAGGUCCUCUUUGCUUGCGCCUACAAACUCGUCCUUGUCGUCCUCCUCCUCCUCAGCAGCUUCGGCAGACUUUGUGAAGUCUCGGCCGAAUCAUCAAAAAGAGGGGAUUUGGUUAGAUGGACGACGACUGGAUCUACAGCUUGCUGCUCGACCAGAGACGACCGAUAGGGAAGAGAAGCGUCGUCGACGUCUUGAAACAAAGGUAGGUCGCAGAGAGGACUGCCCCAUUGCCUAG